AUGACAUCAAUGUACACCAUAAAUUAUGCGUUAAGGGCGCACAAACGGGAUCCGUUUAUCGAAUUCAUCAAAGGAAUGCUUAUGACGCCAUUCGUAUUACACGCAAAGCCAAUACCACCAAAGGAUGACCCAAGUGAGAAAGAGCAUAAUGGUGAUGAUAAGUCACAAAUGGAUGAAAACGUUGCAAGAUAUUGCGACAUAUUAUCAAGCAUCGAGGAGUUGAUUGAAGAACAUAUUAGAAAACAGAACAAGGGUGUUCCCGAUCAAUCACGACUCAAACGGCUUGUUCCUUCAAUUUCAACUUUUCACACAAGAUUGCCGUUACGCGAAUCAUUUUUGUUAGCCAAUUCCAAACAUUCAAUUGCAGCACGUCGAUUCGUGCCGCCGAGUUUCAAUGACAUCAGACGAAUACUAACCACAGCACAGAUCAUUGCAAUUGCUCCUAAACUCAAGUUAAUAACAUUCGAUGGUGAUAUGACACUAUACGAUGACGGAGAAGAUUUUGAGCAAGAUUCGAAAUCUGUCAAUCUUCUUGUGCAAUUAUUGAAAUAUGAUCUCAACGUUUGUGUGGUGACUGCUGCCGGUUAUCCAGGCGACGCAAAGCGAUAUGAAGAACGAUUGUCAGGUUUGCUAAAAGGAUUUCAAACCGCACAGUUGUCUAAAAAAUUUUGUGAACGAUUUUUCGUGUUAGGAGGAGAAUGCAAUUAUUUAUUUCAAUGUCAGGAAAAUUACCAUUUGAAGUACAUACCGGAAUCUGAGUAUCAGCCGGAGGAAAUUCUCUCGUGGCGUGAUGAUCAGAUCAAAGCAAUAUUAGAUGUAGCGCAGGAAAACCUGCAGCGUUGUGUUGAUGACAUGAAAUUACCAUGUACGGUUUUGCGCAAAAGUAGAGCGAUUGGUAUUGUUCCAAAGCCAGGAGUUAAAAUUUUUCGAGAACAGUUGGACGAAUGUGUUUUGUCCACUCAACACCGUUUGGUCAAUUAUUUAAAUUCUCCUUCCGGAAAACAACACAAAUUGCCAUUUUGUGCUUUUAAUGGAGGAAGAGAUGUUUGGGUAGACAUCGGAAAUAAACUUAUAGGUGUUCAAAUUUUGCAAAAAUAUCUUGGUGCCACUCCAGAAGAAACGUUGCACGUAGGAGAUCAGGAAAUGACUUUGCGACUCGGCGCCAAUGUUGUACAUUAUGGAUUAUCAACCCCGAAGAAACUCAAAGCGUGUUAG